AACGAGGAGGACAUGCCCUUUUCGCCUGACGUCGACCCGAUGGGAAUCCUAGCCAAGAUAGCACAACAAAAAUGGGUGCACACUGAGGACAACGAGGUGGGAUACUUCAGGGGUCUGAUAGACGAAGCAGGCAAGAAAAGAUACGUGAUGGUGAAGCCCCAAAUGCUCAGAAUAGGUGAUAUCGUGGAAGCCCAGUGCUCUAUGGUGUUCAUGAAGACCAACGACGGUGUCGCAAAGACCAAAUUGAUAUUGAGAGCCAUAGCGCUCGCAAACUCAGACCAUUCAUCAGUGAGCACUUCAAUGUGUAUGUCAAACAUCGCUGAAAAAGUCACAGAAGGCGAAUACGGAAAGAAGGAACAUGGCUAA